GAGUAGCGUUGGAAUGAGAAAGUCUUGUGCUAAGCUGCUAUUAGCAACUGUGCCCCUCCCUCCUCCUCCGCCUCCUCCUUCUCCCUCCAUGCUGAGCUCUUCUACAGCAGAGCGCUGAGGAACAUCUGCCUCCUUCGCCGGGCGCACCAGAGAGGACAUCAACACCUCAGCCUCCUCUUUCUCCUUCUCCUUCGUCUUCAUCUUCUUCCUCGGUUUUACAAGGACGGCUGCAGAACGUCAGAACCAGAACACUUCAUUUCUUGGACGCCGUGGAGAUCUCAAACCUCAUCUUCACCCCCAUCACCAUCAUCAUCACCUUCACCGCCAUAAAUACCACCUUGAAGAACUCCUGUCGCGUGUCACCAUGUACUUGGAGAACAAAAGCAACCUGGACAUGGAGAUGUCCCAGGCUGCAGCGCCGGUCCACCAGGCCCGCAACAGCCUGAGGUCCCCGGAGGGCGUCGCCGGGAACUUUGAUGAGCUGCGUCUCCUGCGAGGCAUCUCGGAGAGGAGAGAAACCCAAAAGCUGCAGCAGUCGGCCGGCAGUCAAGGCUACAUUCCUGUUCGCCAGGAAGACGGGCACAAUUAUAGUGUGGUUAAUAUUCUGACUGGGAAGACAAAUUCAGCCAACAUCUCAGAGAGGUCACCUCUACUGAGGUUCCCACAAGACGACAGCAUAGCCUACAUGACCGUACACAACCCCAGCUUCUACGGUGGGGAGGAGCCCUGGGACAGCAGCGCCAUGGACCUGGAGAGGAGGUACCGGCUGGGCAGCGAGGUCACCAGCCUGUCCUUGCUGCGCUCCAACUCGUCGGACAAGAGCGACGCUCUGGAGCACCUCAGCUUCAGCUUCAAGCUCACCAGCAGUAUGAAGUGCUGCUUCAAAGUCUCCAGAGUGGCAACCAUCUUUACGAUUGUGGUUCUCUGCAGUCUGUUCUUCAGCAUGUAUCCGGAUCGAGACAACCCUUGGAGGAUGCUGGCCGUCUCUUCCACCGACAGCUUCUCGAUGAACCUGACAGAUUUUCGGGACAACGCUCUGUUGAAGCUGCAGGUGGGAGGACCUUUCACUGGAGGGAUGGUGGACCUCACCAGCCAGGAGUACAUCCUCAUCCAGGUAGAGCAGACGGAUCCACCUGGUCAGCGGAGGAGGAGGACUCAGCAGGUGAUUUACAACUGGACCAUUCCUCUGCACAGCGAGCGAAGUGACCAGAUGGUGCUGACCAAAACCUUUGAGAUGCUCAGCAGCGACCCCAUCGUCAUCAGCGUCCAGGCCUUCAUGAGGGACGACCAGGUGGUGCCGCUGUCCAUGACGCACCAGUCGCUCUAUGUCAGCGUGGAGACUCAGGUGGCCAUCGCUGGAAUCAUCCUGGCGGGCGUCUAUGUCCUCAUCAUCUUUGAGAUCGUCCAUCGCGCUCUGGCCGCCAUGUUGGGAUCAUUGGCCGCCUUGGCUGCGCUGGCCAUCAUUGGCGACAGACCCAGUCUGGUCACGGUGGUGGAGUGGAUCGACUAUGAGACUCUGGCUCUCCUCUUUGGCAUGAUGGUGCUGGUGGCCAUUUUUUCCGAGACGGGCUUCUUCGAUUACUGCGCCGUGAAGGCUUACCGCCUCUCCAAAGGCCGAGUGUGGCCCAUGAUCAUCAUCCUCUGUCUCAUUGCCGCCAUCCUCUCAGCCUUCCUGGACAAUGUCACCACCAUGAUGCUUUUCACGCCCGUGACCAUCAGGUUAUGCGAGGUGCUCAAUCUGGACCCCAGACAUGUCCUGAUUGCAGAAGUAAUCUUCACCAACAUCGGAGGCGCCGCCACAGCUGUCGGCGACCCACCAAAUGUGAUUAUCGUGUCAAAUCAGGACCUGCGCAGAGAAGGGAUCGACUUUGCCAGCUUCACAGGCUACAUGUUCCUGGGGAUUGUUCUUGUCCUCCUCACCUCCUUUCCCUUCCUGCGGAUGCUCUACUGGAAUAAGAAGCUCUACAACAAGGAGUCCAUUGAAAUAGUUGAACUCAAGCACGAGAUCCUGGUUUGGAGACAGACGGCCCAGCGCAUCAACCCCGCCAGCCGGGAGGAGACGGCUGUCAAAUGCCUCCUGAUGCAGAAAGUCCUCAACCUGGAAAGUCUGCUCCGCAAGAUGAUGAAAACCUUCCAGAGACAAAUUUCCCAAGAGGACAAGAACUGGGAGCAAAAUAUUCAAGAACUGCAAAAGAAGCACAGAAUAACUGACAAGGUGCUCUUGGUGAAGUGCGUAUCCGUCCUCGGCGUGGUGAUAUUCAUGUUCUUUGUCAACUCCUUCGUUCCCAGCAUUCAUCUGGAACUCGGUUGGAUUGCCAUCCUGGGCGCUCUGUGGCUUCUGGUUCUGGCUGACAUUCAGGACUUUGAGAUGAUCUUGCACCGCGUGGAGUGGGCCACGCUGCUCUUCUUUGCCGGCCUCUUCGUUCUGAUGGAGGCUCUGGCCCAGCUGCAGCUCAUCGACUACAUCGGAGAGCAGACGGCGCUGCUCAUCAAAGCCGUUCCGGAGGACCAGCGCAUGGCCAUCGCCAUCAUCUUGGUCAUGUGGGUCUCUGCUCUGGCUUCUUCUCUCAUUGACAACAUCCCCUUCACAGCCACCAUGAUUCCUGUUCUCAUCAACCUGAGUCGGGACGCCGACGUCAACCUGCCAGUAAAACCCCUCAUCUUUGCCUUGGCCAUGGGAGCCUGUCUAGGGGGAAACGGCACCUUGAUCGGAGCGUCUGCCAACGUGGUGUGUGCGGGCAUAGCAGAGCAGCACGGCUACGGCUUCUCCUUCGUGGAAUUUUUCAGGCUAGGCUUCCCCAUGAUGAUCAUGACGUGCAUGAUGGCCAUGUGCUACCUGCUGGCCACUCACAUCGGACUCGGCUGGAACAUGUGAUCUGGAAUUUUCCCACACCCCUAAAAAAAAAAUCAAUAAAAAAAAACUUGAAGUCUUUCUCACAGUGUGAAGGAAAUGGGGCCUCCACUCAGCUGUGCAUGGUGCUACCACGGCCGCUACCGGUCCCACAUGGUGGGAUUACUCGCAGCACACGCACACACGCCAGGCCACUUUUUACCGCCCUGAUCUCGAAAAUGUGCGGCACACGCAGGCCCCGCCCAGGCCCUGUCAUUGUAAGUGGCGUGAAGGUGGAAAGACCGUCGUCAUGUUCACAAUAGUUAAGAAUAUUAGAAACGACAUCAGCACUUCUCACGGAAACAGCUGCAGCUUGCAGGGAGCGUCUGCAUCUGAUUAGGAGCACAUUUGUGAUUUGUUGUAGUUGCUUCCACUAACCAUUGACUAUUUAAUGUAUAGAAAAUUGACAGUAUCCCUAUCAAUAAUGUAACGUAGCAGCUAAAGUAGCUUUGCCUAAAGUAGCUAAUCAUCCACACAAUGAAUACGACGAGUCAUCAUCAUCAUGGUGUUUUGUUGGAGCACUCAGUGGUGUAAAAUGUGGCCUCAAUCAUUCAACACUGCACAGACACACAAGAAA